UACAAAGAAAUAGGUUUAUCAGUUACAAAAUGCGUUUUUACAAUAUUUAACUGUCACUCGGAGUGAAACAGAAUGUAUUAAUCAUAGAAACUGAGUUCCGUUCUCAGAGCAGAUUUUGGUCCGGGCUGUCGUUCAAAUAAGCUUUAAAUGGGUUGGUUAGCAUGUUAGCUGUUAAAUCCGACAGGGCUGUUUUGUCUGAGGAACUAAAUACGCGACAGGAGCGAUGCGCAACAAAUUCUCAGAAAUUCACCGAUUCAUUUUAGGGUGAGGUCACCCCUUGAUGGAGUGCCUUCAGAUAACACCUCUGUGCUCUGGUCAGAUGUUGAGGGUCUGAGGGUAUGCUGUGGUAUUUUGUGAGACCAGAUCAGUGGCACGUAGAGGGAGUCCACACCUGACAGAGAGCGUGAGUGAGAGGGACAGACUGGACAUGGGGCAGUGUGUAACUAAAUGUAAGAAUCCAACGUCCUCUCUGGGCAGUAAGAGUGGAGAGAAGGACUCUGGUAAAUCUCAUGGCAAGAAGGGCGUGUCCCCAGGGGGAGGGCACAAGGAUGAGUCGUGCGCCAAGGCGUCGGCCGACCUGAUGUUUAAUGGAACCAAAGCGACGGAGGUUAUGGCAGAAACUGCUCUGACUCCGCCUCCUGCCUCAUCAUCUACGGCCAUUGCAACGUCAACGUCUGCGGAGAGUCGAAGGGAGGGGCCUGGGCAGGAAGGGGAGGGGCUUUCUCUAGUGAAAAUCGAGGAGAUGUUUCUGCUCUAUAAGGAUGAGCAUGAAGACGCUAUUCUGGAGGAGGGGAUGGAGCGGUUCUGUUCUGACCUGCAAGUCGACCCGGCAGAGUUCAAAGUCCUGGUUUUGGCCUGGAAAUUUCAGGCUGCCACUAUGUGCAGGUUCACCAGGAGAGAGUUUGUGGAGGGUUGUAAGGCAAUCCAUGCUGACAGUAUUGAAGGGAUCUGUGAUCGAUUUGCUGGCCUGCUGGCUGAGUCGCGCUCCGAGGACAAUUUUAAAGACCUGUAUCGCUUCACCUUCACCUUUGGCUUGGAUGCAGAUGAGGGUCAAAGGUCACUGCAGCGUACAAUCGCCAUAGCGCUGUGGAGGCUUGUCUUCACCCUGGACACGCCCCCAGUGCUGGAACGCUGGCUGGACUUCCUGUCGGAAAACCCGUGUGGAAUCCGUGGUAUCUCUCGUGACACGUGGAACAUGUUCUUAAACUUCACGCAGAGCGUGGGCGCGGACCUGAGCAAUUACAGUGAAGACGAAGCCUGGCCCAGCCUUUUCGACGCCUUCGUGGAGUGGGAAACAGAGCGACGGCGAAGAGAGGAGGAGAGGACACGGGCGGAGGAGGAGGAGGAGGAGGGAUCAGAGACUCCACCCACUACGGACAGUCUGGGGGCGGAGCCCUGAUACGGACUGGCGUGAGACACGUGGAAAUGGAUCUGAAAGAGUGCUGUGUUUUUCCAGCAGUGGAGCGUGUGGAGUGAGUUUUAGUAUUAUGGAGACUGGGAACUGUGAUGUCACCAUUAAAGAAAAAAGAAUCAUUUGUUUUCUCACCGAGGUGUUCUUACCAUAAGACUCUCUGCCGGUUGUGCUUUGUCCAUUCCACUGACUGUCAUAACUGAGUUUAAACACGCUGACAGCUCGAUGAUGCUGGAGUGGAAGUCUGAUCUGCACAAGAUGCUUUGAUCCCACUGUUUCAAACUGCAGACAUGCCAGUAACACUCAGCUAUGUCAGGCAGUGGAAGAAAUCAGACCUGGUAUGAUGCAGACGUCUUACGAUAAGAUCAUUAAGGUGGAAAGAUGAGUGGUUGGUGAAUCUCUCUUUGAUAAUUGUUGAUUUU